AUGACAUUGUUAUGGUUUUUAUUGAUUUUUGUUGUAAGAAAUGUAUCGGCAGGAUUUUUGAAUACUAGAAUUGUGAGUUUUUGGUGGGGAGGGAGAAGGGCGGGAUAGGGUUCUAGGAAAAUGUAAAAAAACAUGAAAUGCUAACUUUUAAUUUUGAAAAAGAGUAAGGAGAGUCAUACGAAAAAUACUUUUGAAAGACCCUAUUUUUUUAUUAAAAUGUUCUGAAAUAUCAAAAACCUCCAACAUCCUCCGAAAAAAAGCCAAAAGGAAAAAAUAAUCAUCAAUAAAAAUUGUCCAAUUUCCGGCACAGAAAACCAACAAACAAUAAACAAAAAGUAUUUCAAAAAGUUCAAUGUAAACUUCUUAUACAAAAAUUAUGAUCACAGGUCAUCAAUUCGGAAUAAUUUUUGUUCGAAAUUUUGACAAAAAAGUAUCAAAAAAUGUCAAGAAUUUUUAUAGGACGAUGAAACGGAAACCGAAAUCAGUGAUUGGGGUGAUGUAAAAACUGAUGGAAUUGUGAGGCACAUUGAAUUUUUGAUAGGAAUUGACUCGUCUUUGGUAUGUGUAAUCCUACUGUCUUAUCAAUUUUUAAUCUUCUGUUCUCUGAACUUUCAAAUUUCAAUUUUCAAAUUUUGCAGGUAGGCUAUUAUAAAAAUGACGAAGAUCGAGUUAAAUCAGCAACAAUUACUCUUCUUCACACAAUUAACCAAUAUUUUUAUCAAUUGAAUAUUCGACUAGUUUUGAUAGAUUUUGUGCCUGUUAAAGGAACAAAUAUGGGUCUAGAUGAUUUUAUAAUUUGGAGAAAGGAGCAGAGAAAUUUGGCAAAACAUGAUAUUGCAGUUUUGUUGCGCCAUAAUUAUGAAGGUGGAAUUUCAUACACGAAUGGAAUGUGUUCAGAGAAUUCGUUGAUUAUUUCAGGGGUAAGUUGGGGUCAAUUUUCAAACAUUGUGAGAAAAAAUGGACUUUUAUAAUUGAGGAAAUCUUAUGCUUUUUGAAAGGCUUUGGAAAUUUGAAACUAACAUGUUUCAAACAAAAAAAGGUUGAUUGUGAGCUUCAGAUUUUCUAAAAAUCUUACAGCUUAUAAAAUAUUCAUAAAUUGUGAUCAAAAUAUUACAGAAACACGAAUAACAAGGAUUUUUUUUCGAAAAAAAAAAAUUACCAGAAGACAUAGAACCAAUGUUUUUUUCAAAGAUAUAAACUAUAUCAUUAUUUUCAGUUUUACCCUGAGGCCACAAUGAACAAUGCGCUAGUUCUAAUGCAUCAAAUUGCUCAUGUCAUAGGUCUAACACACAAAAUAACAACAAACUGCGAAUGCAAUGAGGAAAUCGAGCCAAAAAAAUGUCUCAAAUUGAGGUGAGUAACGAUGCUCCGCUAUGCUCUUCGUUUAGCCGGCUCACAGGGACGGAAAAAAUAGUGUGUGUUUUGCAGAGGGUUCCCUGCUUGCAGUGUGCAAGAGAUGACAAAGAAACUGGCAACUCAAACAUGUUUGAAAAGAGGAAAUUCGACAAAUGAGAUGGUUAGAAAUUUGGGAAGUUUGCCCAUUUGUGGAAAUGGUAUUUUGGAGAAAAACGAGGAUUGUGAUUGUGGACCUGCAAGGUACAUUUUAAAAAGAAAAUGGGAACGAGAAAAAUAGAGAUUUUUCAGGUUUUGUGAUAAUAUUUUAUGUGAUGCUGUUCGUUGUAAAUUUGUUGUUCAGAAAUCAUUUUUACAAAAUGGUUUACCAAUGUUUUUGGCACUUUUCACGUUCAUGAUAUUAUUGUUAAUAUGGUAAGUUAUUUUGAAAUAAUGUGAAUUUUUUUGGCCAAAAGUUUUCUAAACUUCCAGUGUCCAGUUUUUCAUACCAAAUGCUUUUGUAUACUUCUCUCCCAAUGUUUAAUUCGAAAACAAACUGACCCAAACAUUCUUUCAAUAUUUAAAAAUAUAUUCUUUUAAAAUUCGAAUUUUUCCAGGAAACUAGUAUGUCUCCGAACAUAUAAAAAUGUUCGUCAAAAAAUUGCACCAAAACGAAGUCUCGAUUCUGAAAAUCUUCGAGAUAUUGAACAGUCACCUGCUCCAAUUUUAGCUCCAUUGCCAACUCCAAUCCCUCAAGUUUCUGUUGUCAAAAUGCGUGAGCCUCGAAUAAUUGACUCUCCAGUUCCAAUUCAAAAUCGUCGAAGUCGAUUCAGCGAUCAAAUCUAUCAAACAAUGAGGCCGAUUUCAAGAUUCUGGGAAAAAUUCAAACAGCCAAAUAAUUUAUAG